UUUACUCUGUAAUGUUCUUGACAGAUAAUAAAGAUUACGAUGCAUACUUAUCAUAUACCAAAGUGGAUCCUGACCAGUGGAAUCAAGAGACUGGGGAAGAAGAACGCUUUGCUCUUGAAAUCCUUCCUGAUAUGCUUGAAAAGCAUUAUGGAUAUAAGUUGUUUAUACCAGAUAGAGAUUUAAUCCCAACUGGAACAUACAUUGAAGACGUGGCAAGGUGUGUAGAUCAGAGCAAGCGGCUGAUUAUUGUCAUGACCCCAAAUUACGUAGUCAGAAGAGGCUGGAGCAUCUUUGAGCUGGAGACCAGACUUCGAAACAUGCUUGUGACUGGAGAGAUUAAAGUGAUACUCAUCGAGUGCAGUGAACUGCGAGGAAUUAUGAACUACCAGGAGGUGGAGGCCCUCAAGCACACCAUCAAGCUCCUGACCGUUAUUAAGUGGCAUGGACCAAAAUGCAACAAGUUGAACUCUAAGUUCUGGAAACGUUUACAAUACGAAAUGCCUUUUAAGAGGAUAGAACCCAUUACACAUGAGCAGGCUUUAGAUGUUAGUGAGCAGGGGCCUUUUGGGGAGCUGCAGACUGUCUCAGCCAUCUCCAUGGCUGCCGCCACCUCCACAGCUCUAGCCACUGCCCAUCCAGAUCUCCGAUCCACCUUUCACAACACUUACCAUUCACAAAUGCGUCAGAAACACUACUACCGAAGCUACGAGUAUGACGUACCUCCUACUGGCACCCUGCCUCUUACCUCCAUAGGCAAUCAGCAUACCUAUUGUAACAUCCCUAUGACACUCAUCAACGGGCAGCGGCCACAGACAAAAUCGAGCAGGGAGCAGAAUCCAGACGAGGCCCACACAAACAGUGCCAUCCUGCCGCUGUUGCCACGGGAGACCAGUAUAUCCAGUGUGAUCUGGUGACAGAAAAGCAAGGGACACCCUGUCCCUGGGAGUUUGAGUAAAGUCUGCAGUCCAGUGCCUGGAACUAAAUCCUCGACUGCUGCUGUUUAAAAAACAAAAACAAAAACAUGCAUUACAAUCUCUAGAACAUGAGGAAAAACAGGGUCUUGUACAUAUGUUUUUUGCAAUUUCUUUGUAGCAUCAGUGUCUUCCUGUUUUACCAUGUCUCUUACCAUUACAUUUUUUGACUUUGUUUUAUAUGUCAUUGGAAUUUGUAAAUUUACCUUUUUUUAAAGAAGAGACUUAUGUAUAGAUAGAAAACCCUUUUUUGCUUCAUUAGUUUAGUUUUAGAAUGGGUUUUUAUUUCCUUUCCUUGAUUUUUGUUUUGCUUUUAACAUUUCCUUGGGGUGCUUGGACAAAUCUAUCCGAUGGGACAAGGAGCACCGGAUCCUCUCUUGGGUUCUACCUAGGAUCAGCAGGGCCAUGUGGGCCUUCAGAAAGCAGUGCAACGAAUGCCAGCAUUGCCACUCGGGAAAAAAAAAAUGAGAACACUUGCUCAUAGGAGGGCCCCACCAAUCAGAGCCCUGAAUCUCUUCCUUGUCCCACCUCAUUCCCCACCUCUACCCUUCUAAUGGUGGCAUGACGUGUAAACUCUGAGAAGGGGUAGGGGGGUGGGGUCUAACUGUCUUAACAUUUAAUUCACUGCUCGUCAGAAUACACUCCAGACCCAAAAGUGUGCUAGUCACUUGACAGUGACCACUACAGAGUGCUAAGAAGAGAAGAUCAAGGGCAUGAAAAUGGGGGAGAGUGUGCUGUUUCCGUUUUUUAAAUGAG